AUGUCCCGAGGAUCAGAGAAGUUUGACCCCGCGGCAGGUCACAAUGGAAACCCAACGCUGAGCAAAGAACAUACCCAUGGAUCUAUCGUACUUACUCCAGAGAUGUUCGAGAAGCUAUACCUCUCGCCAAAGAGCAGUGUGAAGGGGGACUUGAGGUCGAUCUUGGCAAAUCCAACCCCAGUGGGUCUAUUGGGAUUGGCUUUGGCUCUGACUCCAUUGGCCUGCAACUUGAUGGGUUGGAGAGGAGCUGGUGGAACUGGUGCUGCCUCAAUUGGAUCAUACUUCUUCUUGGGCGGGUUCCUGAUGAUGCUUGGCGGACUCUUAGAGUUCCUUCUCGGAAACACUUACUCCUUCGUCAACUUUUGCGGAUAUGGGGGUUGGUGGUGGACAUUCGGUGCAACACUGCAGCCUUUCUUCGGGGCAUAUGCCGCAUACUCUCCUGAUCCCAGUACGCCAAGAUUGGGUUUGGAGAAUCCUGAGUUCAACGCAAGCUUUGGUUUUACGCUUCUGUUCAUGGGAGUGUUCUCUUUCUCCUGCACCCUGUGCUCCCUGACGACAAACCUGGCAUUAUUCGGAAUUGAGCUGUUCCUUACCCUUACCUUUACGCUGCUCGCUAGCUCAUUCUUUGCCUCCGCUGAAGCGAGUCCUGUUGCUCACAAUUUGCAAGUUGCUGGUGGCGCUUGUGCUUUUGUAGCUGCCAUGUGUGGAUGGUACCUCUUUUUUGCCUUGAUGUUAGCUUCUGUGAACUUUCCCAUACAACUUCCAGUCGGGGAUCUGAGCCAUAUUUUUAGAUUUUUUAGAAAGAACGAGGUUGUGGAAGGAGAAAGCCCUGUUUGA